AUGGACGAUGGAGCUGACCUCCCCUACCAAUUGCUCUUCUCCCACCCGGAGAUGCCUGACAGCUUCGACGAGUUCUUCAACAGCGCCACGACGACCUGCACCCACACGCACAACUGCAACCCUCCCGGCCCCUCGGUCGCCAUGCACACCCACACGUGCCUGCACACGCACACCCAGGUCCUCGGCAGCGGCGGGGAGGACGACGACGCCAGGGAGGAGGACUCGACGAAGCCGCGGAAACCUCUGGGGAACAGGGAAGCCGUGCGUAAGUACCGGGAGAAGAAGAAGGCGCACGCCGCCUGCUUGGAAGAGGAGGUCAAGAAGCUCCGGGCGGCCAACCAGCAGCUCCUGAGGCGGCUGCAGGGCCAUGCAGCUCUGGAGGCAGAGGUGGUGAGGCUCAGGAGCCUCCUGCUCGAUGUCCGGGGCAAGAUCGACGCCGAGGUCGGCGUGUUCCCGUUCAGAAGCCGUGCAGUGUGGGCUCUGUGGCGUGUGCUGAUCCAGCUCUUUGCUUCAAUGGCAACUCGGAGUGUGUAUAUAGGGUACAGAAUACUUACAUAUGACUAUAUGAGCAUUGAAGAAAUCGAAAAUGCAAAAUUAUACUGCAGAACAUUGAGGACAUUUUUUGCCCAGGUUUUUCUGAAAUACCACGGACCUAAUCAUUUGGCAAGGUUGUGGUGUGCAUACUGUGUUGAGCUUUCAGGGCUGUCUGAACCAACUUGA